AUGGGACUUCUGAUUCGUGAUUUAUAUGAUGCUGCUACUGCGAGGAUUGGGCAGGAGAGAUUGCAACUGGUUCCUCCUCAAUCUCCGCUUCUUGACGUUGCGAAUUUAAAUGUCAACGCUUUCUCACGACCACGAGAUUGGAGACUCGAGAAGCUCCAGGAAACCGCUGAAAACGCGGGUUUCGCCGACAAAAAAACGAACAAACGGUUUGAUGGCGCGUUUUGGUGUUGUUGGCGUGAAAAUGGGACCGGAAUCAGCAUUGUGGACGAUUCAGGAGCCAUUUUGAAAACGGCCGAUUUGACUGCGAAUUUGGCGGGGGGAAUCACGGCUAUGGGCGUGGUGGAGGGUGAUACGGUUGCAUUUGGCUCGACUUUGGGAUUCAGUGGUGUUUUCAACCUCGAAAGUGGUUUGGUACAAAUGUCAAGUCCCUCUUUGGCUGCCCCCGUGACUGACGUGUGGACGCGACUAGUAGGCCAGUCCUGGAGAAUAGUGGCCUUCAGCAAAAACAGCUGCUGUCUUUCCAUCACGACACUGGCCACACGUUCCACGCGAAUGGUCGAUUUAGGACAUUCUUCGCCUGUAAUCGGAUGUUUGGGCGCAGACGUGAACUAUAACGUGCAAACCGUGGCGAUGCACGACGGAAGACAAGUAUACGUGUGGAACUUACGGCAGCGGGAUCGACCUAGUGGCAUCAGGGGUUUGUAUCUCGAAGAAGACGAGAGAAUAGUGUCUUUGAAGUUUGCCACACGUCAAAAUGCGCUAGCUAUUGCCACGUCGCGCAGGCUGUUUGUAUACGACUUUGUGUCCUGCGCGGACCUUGUGUGCGGCAUCCGCGAGGAAGCUUUUUACGAUUUCUUCGACAACGACAGCAAAAUAGUGGUUGAGCAGGAGCAUUUGUACGGCACGCACAUUGCGUGUUUCAGCGUUGACCAGACCACCGCACGCUGGGUUCCACUUGGCUACUCCGAUAUUAGGGCUCAGUUUGGCAUUCGCGACAUCCGCUCCUUCUUCGCGCUACGGUCCCGACUUCUAGUUAUCUCAGGCUCUGACGCAUGCUACCAACUAGCUACUCCAGCGACAUCUUGA